AAUUUCAGAUGGCCUUUGCUUAGAACCCGCAACCUUCGCCAUGGAGAAGCAAACGGGGCUCUCUGAGAGCUGUGCGCAUCCAGACUGUCCUUUUGCCGUCACUGAUAGCGGCGCUUAUGGUGGUUUCUGUUGCAAGCGUUGUCAUGUGACAUACAUCCGUGGCGAACCAGCUGUCCACGGCGAGAAGUGCUCUAAGGUGCCCAAUGGAGACUUGCCGCGGGCGCGCCCGAGCCCUCCAACGGACCCGCUGGCAGAAAGCACCAGCCGAAAAGCACAGCAGCUGGCGCAGAAAGCAGGGCGUUCAGAUGCCUUUCAGGCAGCCUUGGCGAUGAAGACUGGUAUAGCUCCGGUGGAGGCAACGAAAGCAGCGCGUGCAGAGCUGCCUGAACCGUUGCCGCAGCGCGAAGCGCGCGAAGCGCGCGAAGGGGAGCGCCAAAGGAGCCGCAGUCGGAGUCGCCGCAGUCGGAGUCGCCGCAGUCGGAGUCGCCGCAGUCGGAGUCGCCGCAGUCGGAGUCGCCGUCAGAGCCAUAGUCGCUGUGCGAAAGGACGGCGGUGCCAUGAGUUCCCUUCGAGUGACAGCAACGGCUCCGUGGAUCGAGAUGCGGUCAGACAGACUUCUCAGAUUCAGAGAGAUUCGAUGAGAAAACGUGAAGAGGACUUGCAGCGUCGAGCUCGCAGCAAGCAACGGAGAAGAUUUAAGGAUGGACGACUGACCAUCGCAGACUUGAAGUAUGGCGAUCGUGCAGCCAAUUUCGUCUCUGAACCAGGUGGCCUCGACGUAUGUCGAUUCUGCCUGGCUUUCAGCACGGAAAAAACAAAAAAUGGUUCGAAAUGUCAACUGAAGCUGAAAUCGACAUGUGAAUCUUGCCAACAAUCAAUGCGAGUGUGCGAACUUCGAUGCGAUGUCCGAUGCGGAGGUUUUCAGCUGGCAGACCUCUCAAUCUUCGAAGAACAGAGGACUUAGCGAACCAGUUCGCUGAAGCAGGCCAUGUGCAAAAGGUCAAGGAAUUGAUUGAACCACUUCUGGAGACACAUCGGAACCCUCGUUUUCUCUUCAAUUUGGUGUUGAAGGCAUUUGCCAAUACUGGAGAUCUUCCGGGUGCAGAUGCUUGGUAUCUUCGGAUGCUGAAGAGCCGGGUGGCUGUGAGUGGCCGGACCUUCGGGAAGUUGCUGAAAUGCGCCGCCAAGGCGGGUGCGGCGGAGGCGGCGGAAGGCUGGCUGCGACGGGCGGCGGCCAGUGGCUUCCAGGUGUCGGUGCCGCAGCUGGUGUCGCUGGUAGAGGCCUUCGCCCGGGCACAGGAUGGACACAGGGCCCAGGCGUGGCAGCAACGACUGGCAGAAAUGGCUGGAGCACCUGGAAGCCAUGGAAGCCAUGGAAGCCAUGGAAGAACCGAGGUGGCGGAGGGUGCCAGUUUGAUGGCCUGGGCGCACCUGGGAGAUUUGAGGAAAGCUGCGCUGAGCACCUCACAAUCGAAGACGAAGUUUGGGAAAAUUCAGUGGAUUGCCAUGUUGGAUGCUUGUGCCAAGAGUAGCAACACGAGCAAAGCCGUGGAGUGUUUCCAGCUGGGUAUCGAUCUGCACCUGAAGCCUUGCGUUGUGACCUACACGCCUGUGAUCGACAGUUUUGCGCGUGGGGGUAAGGGCGCGGAGGCAGAGCAGUAUUUUUUGGCAAUGUUGAGGCGAGGGAUUGGGCUGGAAAGAGCUUCCAGCAGCGUCUUGCUGAGCGCCUGGGCUAAACUACCUGAGCUCCAUCGGAUUGAGGCCUGGAUGCAACGCUUCCAAAUGGCAGCGGUGCAACCUGAUGUGAUUGUGCAUACCAACCUGAUCUCUGCAUGUUCCUUGUUGGGGGACGUUCGGAGGGCCGAAGCCUGUUUGGCGGAGAUGGAGCGACAUACGAUGCAGCUGAACGUGGUGACCUACACAGCGGUGCUGCAGGCGCAUUUGCGAUCCAUCCAGCAUGGACGUCCAGAGGCCUUCAUGGAACGACUGUUGAACUUUGAGCAACCCGAGAAGCGGCCGAAUGCCUUGACAUUUGGACUUCUGAUUGGUGCUUUGGCUUCCCGUGGUGAUGUGCCGGCUGCAGAGAGAUGGUAUGCAUGCAUGAGGCGCAAUCUAAGAGACGUAGAUCUGGUUGCGCACAACUCCGUCAUCAGCGCAUGUGCUAAAGCAAAUGAUGCACAACGAGCAAGGCUUUGGCUUGGCAGAAUGAGCACUGCGCAGCUGCAAGCCAAUGGAAUGAGUCUCAACUCGACGCUGGAUGCCUUGGCUCGGUGUGCUGGAAAAGUCGCCGCUCGCAGCGUAGCAACCGAGGUGGAAUCGCUUUGCGGAGAGUUGGACCCGAAACAGCUUGCGACCAAUGAGAUCACUUUUUCCAUUUUGAUGCGGCCCUGGGCGCAACUGGGUGACUUGGAGAAUGUGGAGCGCUUGUGGCAGAAGAUGGAGCAACAAGGAGUGAAGCCCCAGGCUUCUCACCUCUGGGCAGUUCUAACUGCAUGCGCUUAUGCCCAGCCACCCUUGCCGGACACAGCAGCGCAGCGAUACCAGGAUUGGGUUGCAGCCGGUGGCAGCACGGACCGUCACGUGGUUUCAGCCCUCCGUGCAGCCUUGGAAGGAGUCAAAAGAGCCAUGCCGAUGGCCAUGCCGAUGGCCAUGCCGAUGGCCAUGCCGGAUUGUUCUGAACGGCUCUGGGAAGGUUGA